AUGUCAACGGUCGAACUACGAUGGCAAGUGGUGCGGGAUCUGGCCAUCCAUAAGCUGCGGUACGGUCAGGUGAACGAAGCAAUCGAAACCUUCACCGAAGCACUCGCUGUCGCACCUCCGGCAUCGACCGGUGACGAAGAUGGCGAAUCGGCGAUGGUGCGCACCGGAAAGGCCAGCGCUGAGCUGGCCGCAUCCACACCGGACCAAGCCCUGGAAACGCUUCGGAAAUCGAGCACGAACUAUCCGGCAACACUGCUACGUUGUCGUGCCCUGUACGGAGUGGCCGAUCUUGAACGGCAUCUGUUAACGGCUGCAAAUGGCCACCGGAUACAGGGACCACCCGGUGGACCUCGCAAUCGAGCACUCGAGUCAGAGAUAGAUCUCGGUCGAUCAACGUACGAUGGUGUGCUCGGUGACCGUGCCGGUGCCUCGUUGCUCGAGUACCGCCAUCGCUUUCCACAGAUCGAAACGGAACAGCGGAUACGGAAAGCCCGGGCCAUCGAUCGACCUCGCUGGAAGGUGCUGGCCGAGGCGGGCGAGUGUGAUGUGAUCAGUGUGCAGGAAACGGUACGCCAGGAACCACCGAUACGGGAACGGGCACGCCGUGACACGAACAUGCGCAUCCUCGGACAGCUGUACCUCGGGCGUGGCUGGCAGGAUUGGAUGUUCUGCAAGGACCUGCGCACCGAUGACCGGCAUGGGGCGACCGUGAAUCUACCGCAAACCCCCGACAGCUCCGUUACCAUGUCGACACUGAUUGAGGAAUGCUACGAUCGGACAUCGACUUUCGUGAAGCAAUCCCAGGCACGCUCCCCGCUGUACAGUCACCGGUUUGGGCGGUUCGGUCCACCGGCCAAUCUGCGACGUGAAUGGAACGAACUGGAUCAACUGUUGCGGUACCGUUACCGGGCAUACCGUGCCGUUUACCGGCAACUCGAUCGUUUGCACGAACUACGUGAGAACCGUAAAGCUGUCCAACUGUUCCGAUAUGCCGGUGAGAUACUGAGAGACUUUUACAAGCUCACGACCGUGCGUGUACUGCCCGAUAAGGGUCAGUUCGUGCGCGAAAUUUGCAACUUGGUCGGACUGACCAUCGUCGAUGGUUUGCGGAUUCCGGCGACGCUGAUGGAUGAACCGGCCGAAAAGCGUUUGCUGGUACUGUUCGCAGUACCGCCGGCGAAGGAAACGGUUACGGUGGUGCCCGUCUUCGGUGACAUUUCGACGUACCGCGAUCCGACCGAACCGGACCAUAGCUUUCUGCGUUACAAGGCAAAGAUAACGGAACUGGAGGGACAGUAUCAGCGCGUCCAGUAUCCGAUCGAACGUUGCUUCCUGGACCACGAAAUGGCUCGCCAUCAUCUGCUCAAUGGAUGGCUCGAUGAUGUGAAGGUGAUGGGUACCCGGAUGGUAGAGGAAGCGAUCGGUUGCGGGAGUCAUCUGUGGCGCCUGAUUGGGCACGUGACGAUCGCUAGGGCACUCUGCGCACAGAACAAUCUGGAGCAGCUGGCGAAGCUGCUCUGUCAGGUCGCGGAAUUUGUGUCCCUCUCGCUACAGGACGAAAGAGUUGAAUUCUUCGUGGAACUGGCCCAGAAAUUGACGCAAGGGUUGCUCAACCGAAAGCAGGAUGACGAACUGCAGCUCUCCAGCUGA